AUGUCAAAGGCGAUCUUCAAAUGCACAGAUUCGGAUGAGUUCAAAUUAUUUAAAGGUCUGGUCAAUGAAGAUGUGACAGUCGAAGAUGCCGUACAAUGGGUCAUUGGCGCAACAAUGGACCGUCUAGAAGGCUACGGCCCGGGAGGAACGAUCGACAAAGCAGACGCCAUCACUUUCAAAGUCAUUCUUGAACUUGCAAUGCAAAUCGACCAAGCUCAAUAUGGCCCAUUGGUCGCAUUUUUAAAAGAAUUGAAAUUGUACAAUGCUGUUGAUUCAACGACGGGCCUCGUGUUAAAAGCACAAGAUGGAAGCUGGGUGUGGUCUCAUUUACCCUCCCUCACCGUCUGCGCCCGCGAAAUUUGCGAUGACUUCGAACAUGAUGAUUAUGACUUUUUAUGUGAUCCCAAUAUGGAGCCCGAGCAACAAAUCAGAUGGGCAAAGCUGAAUAUCUUUCUUGCCCAAGUCACUCAAGCCGCCGAUGUCAAAUACACUUCUUCUUCGCAGGCGUUGAUCAGCGAUGCAAUGGAUGAAUCGCAUUUUCUACUCCGUGGACUGCGACGAAUCUUUGAAGAAGGGAUUCCCUCAGAACAACUUACUUCUGGAGUGGGUUUGCUCGGCGUGUGUUACUGGUUUAUUUGUGCAGGCGAUCGACUCUGGGAAAAUGUUCUCAAUGACCGUAAGUACAACAAGUAUGAUGGUCGUCCAGGAGAGCUGUAUUGGAAUCGGAAUUGGAGAGGCUUCGAGCGCGAAAGAUGGAAUGUAUGGGAACAAGGCCUGCGAGAUGCAAGGGCGGCCUGUACACCAGGCCAAGAAGAUGUUGAAGACCUGAUAAACCGUGCUUUAUCAAAGAUGGAGAGUCUAACGACCAAUGAGCUAUGUGACUAA